AUGCAGUGCUCCAGAAGUGGAUCGAGCACGCCGAUGGGACGGGAUCCCGACUCUAGAUGGGUGCAGUGGCUGGCUUUAACCCGGCGCAACAACCCAACUUCCCUCUCAGGAACCGUCUCGUCGUGCUCUUCCACCUCCUCUCUGCCCAUCAACUCCUCCAACCUCAGUGACAGCGGCCGGCUGCGCUCCCGCAGCAGCGCAACAAGCUACUUCGCGCUGCUCUCCGCCGCAGACGCUCAGGAUGCCCGCGCUCAGCACCACCACGCCCACAAGCACAGCGGCAGCGGCACAGGGCCCCGGUACAUGGACUCGAGCUGGGUGGCCUGGUUCAACGAGCGCGGCCAGCGCCAGGACAUGACCGAUGAGCCCCUGCACACCACACACCCCUUCCACGCCGGCUCCAACACAUAUCCCGAAUCAUCGCUGCAGAUGCAGGCCCAGUCCUACCUCCCCGAGACCACCACGGGCCUGCCGCCAUCCGCUUUCCUCAACCCAACCACCACCCCGUCCGCGGUCUCCUCAAUAUGCACCGCGACGCCCUUCCCCUCGCCGCUCGCCGGAGGAGUCAUGGACACCGACAUGGACGCCCUGCAGCGCCAAUUCGCAGACUACCCGCCCUUCCCCGUCAACUUCACCGACGGCGUGCCGCCGUUCGAUCCGGCGGAGCUGGAUGCAGGCCUGCUGACGUGGCUGGACGAGCAGCACGCCUUCGCCUUCAGCGUGGAGGAGCCGGCCGCCUGUCCGGGUAAACGGAGCCUAGAGGGGUUUCCGGCGGAUGUGGCGGUCGACCACACGGGGAAGAAGCAGAAGGUGUAUCAUGGCGGCGGGGCCUGUUGA